GGGGGAUUUCAGCACCUGGGCAGAAACAGUCGGGCUUUCCUAUUGCCAGCCCCGGGGGUGGCUGGCACCGAGAGGUCUGCGUUAAACGCCGCUCGGGGCUGCCUUCAGGAUAAUUCCUUCAGCAGCACCGCUGUAACCGAGAGUGAGGAAGACAUCGUCAUCUCAGUGCAUGACGACCAGGCUGAUUGCUCCAGUCUCAGAGAUGAAGACAACAAAGAAAAUUACCCUGACACUGAGGCUCUUCUAGAGGAGCCCGAGCCGUCCCGGGAGCCCCAGCAUGUAGAGCAGACCGUGCUGGUGGACGGCGUGCUGCGACCCAGCAUGGGCAACUUCAAGUCCAGGAAACCCAAGUCCAUCUUCAAAGCAGAGAAUGGGAAGAGCCACGGAGAAAGUCAGGAGACAGAGCCUGUGGCGCCCAGCGAGUCGGAAUGUCGGGGGAGAGCAGGAAUGCCAGCUCACGAGAGUCCGCAAAACCACCCUUUCCGGGGCCAGGAACCUGUGUGGCUUCAACCAAGAAUAGACCAGAGGGCUGCCACUCUGCCGAAGGAUGCCUUUGAAACUCAGCAGGAUUUAAAUGAGGAAGAAGCUGUUCAGGUGCAUGGAGGCAAGGACCCAGCCCCCGCGUCUACCCAGAGUGUGCCAGCCGAAGGGGACGAGGCUGCAGACCCUGUGCCAGUCUACAGAGACGGACCGAGUGAAGCAGACAGUGCCCCAGAAGACCUUCAGUCUUUUGGGACCAGCCGGCUGCUCUAUCACAUCACUGACGGUGACAACCCACUGCUGUCCCCUCGAUGCUCCAUCUUCAGCCAAAGCCAGAGAUUCAACUUAGACCCCGAAUCAGCCCCUUCUCCACCCAGCACUCAGCAGUUUAUGAUGCCCCGAAGUUCUUCCCGGAGUGGUUGUGGGAGCAAGGAGCCGCAGACCAUUGCCCAGCUUACCAAGCACAUCCAGAGCCUCAAGCGGAAAAUCCGGAAAUUUGAAGAAAAAUUUGAACAAGAAAAGAAAUACCGGCCUUCCCACGGUGACAAGACUUCUAAUCCUGAAGUCCUGAAAUGGAUGAAUGAUUUGGCUAAAGGCCGUAAACAGCUCAAAGAACUAAAACUGAAGCUGUCAGAGGAACAAGGAAGUACUCCCAAAGGCCCACCUAGAGACCUGUCCUGUGAGCAACCCACAGUCCCGAGAGAGAGUGUGAAGCCAGAAGCUGUGGGCCCUGAGCCCAGCUCCUCUGGGGAGGAGACUCCAGAUGCUGUGUGGACAUGCUUGAAGGAGAAGAGAGAGCAGCUUCCCUCUCAGGAGGAUUCUAAGGUGAUUAAGCAAGACAAGAACCUCAUAAAGCCUCUUUAUGAUCGAUGCAGAAUUAUCAAGCAAAUCUUGUCAACACCUUCCCUGAUUCCAACGAUCCAGGAGGAAGAGGACACUGAUGAAGACUGUCCACAGGGAAGCCAACAGCCUUCUUUGCCAAAUCCAGCAUCUCAUAUUCCUGGUGGCGAUCACCUUACCUUCUCUAAUGAGAUUGAGCCUGUAAGGGUCCUGCUACCAGAAGAAAAGAAAGAAAUCAAACCACCAGCCCUCUCCAUGUCCAAUUUACAUGAGGCCACCAUGCCUGUACUUCUUGACCAUCUCCGAGAAACUAGGGCUGACAAGAAGAGACUUCGGAAAGCCUUAAGAGAAUUUGAAGAGCAAUUUUUUAAACAAACAGGAAGAAGUCCACAAAAGGAAGAUAGGAUACCCAUGGCAGAUGAGUACUAUGAAUACAAGCACAUAAAAGCCAAAUUGAGACUACUAGAGGUCCUAAUCAGCAAGCAAGAUGUGGCCAAAACAAUUUGAAGUUCAAGAAAUGUUUGUGAUAACUUUCAUCCAAGAUAAAGUUUAUUUUCCUCUGCUAUUCUUGCUGAGUAAGUAGUUUUGACAUACCGAAAACUGAAGCACUUUAGUGGUAGUAUUAGCUGUUUUUAAGAAGGGAUGGCAAGUGUAAUUAUAAAUGAUGAAGAGAUUUACAUGGGGGGAAAUACAAUAUGUAAUAAUAUAAUUAGAAAAAUAAAAUUCAAUGUACUCUAUGCCAAGGAGAAAACUCACAGUCAGUAUAUUUCAGAAAACACCUAAUAUUUUAUCAAUUCUAAAUAACACAUGGCAUCCACUUGUUCAAUGGGCCACUGGUUAGAGAAAGUCUGGUGUCCAAAGAUUGCUUAUGCUGAUUUAUGGAAAAAAGCAAGAUUUUUAAAAAUCAAUGAGAGGAGAAAAAGAAACUCUGCUUUUUUAGGUAGGAAGGAAUACAGAUAGUAAGAAUGUAACUUAUUUGAAACUUCUAAUAGAUUUUUAAGUGUUAAAAAAAUCUACUACCUUGUCCCCUAUGUCUGCUAGGUGUUCAGUACCCUAAAAUAUACUGAAAUGUGUCACUGCUAAUUUUUUAUUUCUAUAUAAAAAUAGCACAUUAUUUUAUGUUAAUUGAAAUUUUACAUUUCUGAUUACCAAAGUUCAUUCUGAUAGCAUGUACUUUGUGAAUUAUCUUUGUCUAUGAUUGACAGAUGUUUAUAUUAAAAUAAAAUAUUGUACUGAAAUUUGAAAAUAGGUAUUUUGGAUAGAUAAGUGUCUGCAGUAUAUAUCUAAUGUGAUCAUAGUUAUGAUUGCUAAUCUUUUUGUUUACUAUAACUAAGAUUAUAUAACUAUUUUUCCAUUGGGAAUAUGCAUUUUUCUUAAUGUUCCAAGGUCUAUACUUUGUAAAGUUAAAGAGAUUUCUCAUGAGCUAUAGUAUAGUUAUUCUUCAUUCUGUAUAAAAUGAAAGAUUUGAGAAUUGUUUGCUAUGACACCUUGGAAAAAAGCCAGAAUAUUUUAUUUGCUUCAUCAACUUUAGUGUAUGUUGUUUUGUGUUAUUUUGUACUAAAACACGUUUAUUAUUUUUGCUUUUGUAAAAAUAAGGUCGACAUUUUCUCUCUUGUACCAGCCAUGUUUGUAGUUCUAUUUUCUGUAAUAUUUAAGCAUGAUGUUGAGCAAAUUCACAUUUUCAUAUAGUCCGGAUGGGAGGAAUAUUGACUAUUUCAGAGGCUUAUUGUUUUCGCUGUAUUUACCUGAUAUUUUGUAACUUUUAAGAAUCAGAAUAAUGUUCUUCAUAAAUUUGUUUAAUUGAAGUCACCUACUUGUAACAGGACAGACACACAACUAUUUGAGGUUUACAAACUACAUCUUUGAUAAGGGAAAUGAUUUCGUGACAUGUACACAAUUCUAUUAAA